AUGGACACCGUGGUGUGGCAACCUUACCGUGAGAGAGCACUUCAUCUCAAUGGUAGUGUGAUACAGUCUGAGACAUUUCGAGCAGUAGUGCCACUUAUCUGCUUUUCAUCGGUGAUGUGGCAUCAUCCAGACCGCGUGCUUCGGCAGUUUGGCAUGAGGCAGCAUGAGCCUCAUCCGCCACAUCCUAAGGCUGAGGUUAGGUUUUUUCUUCGCCAGGCUACUCGUGGGCCAUCGCAUGGGCAGCAGUUGGUACACGCCUCCAGAGAGUCGCUUGAUUUCUGGAACCGUCGACACGAGUUUGUAGCGACAGCUUCAUACACUGAUGAGGAGUUAGCCUACCACUCGGAGCAUAUGGAGUGGUAUAGAGAUGUCACCAGACGUUCCGGCACACGGAGAGGAGCUGUAGCGGAGGCAUUGUACGACACUAUCGAGCAUGCUGAGGUGAGUUUGCGUGACGGUGUAAGGGCUGGAGGGCUGACCCCUGACCAGUGUGAGGACGUGGCCAACCUUAUGGCAUCCGGGGUUGCUACUCUAGGGUUUGAGCAGCGUAGAUACCCUGAUCUCACAGUACCUGUACAGCCCCAUUAUGCGGAGCCUGUCAUGACUGGCUGGCCAGAGCGUACUGAUCCGACACCGGACUGGGUCGCCCCAGAGCCACAGUUCAGACAGGAGCAUAGGCCAUGUAGA